AUACUACACAAGAGCAGAAGCUGAGCACGCCAUGCGCUACAUCAAUGGAACCCGGCUGGACGACCGCAUCAUCCGGACAGAUUGGGACGCGGGGUUCAAGGAAGGGCGGCAGUAUGGCCGUGGCAGAACGGGGGGGCAGGUACGCGAUGAAUACCGGAAAGACUACGAUGCGGGAAGAGGAGGCUUUGGCAAGAUAGUUCAGAUGGAGAAGAAGAACCAGGAGGCAGCCAUCUAUUAACAGCUUCAAGGACUGAAAGUGGGGUGGGAAUAGGGAGAUGGGAGGAACAAGGCAAGGAGGACAGGAUCCUUCCGGGACCGAAGGGUGCAAGAAAAUAUGAUGGCUGCCUGGAAGACAUCUUUGCAGUCUGGGUCUCUGGCAUCUGAGGGACCUUUCCCUCAUCUUCCACCACAUUGGUAUCAGCUUCUGCGAUUGUAAACUCACUCUGUCAGAACUGACAUAGAGAUCCAGAGGGAACAAGUGUUGUCAGUAACUCUUUUAAGAAACCAUGAUCUGUAGAGCUUGGGUGGUUAUUUCCCUGCCUUUUGUGGUAACUGGAGUAUCCCCAGUUUAUUGGUUUGGACUUAAUAUUCCUUUUCUAAGAGAGAGAACCCCAAUAAAAGGCCCCUUUAACACA